UUGGUACGAUUUACUGGUAAGAGUUCAGGCAACUGGUAGACGCGCUACUGCCUAGCAACAAGCUUCGAAAAAAACAAGAUUCAAAACAGUUGUGACCUAGAUAGCUUGAGGGAUAGAUCGGCUGAAGGUUGUGUGUGGCGCAUUGUAUUUUCUGAUCGUUCUACUGCAGUCGCAUGAGGUUGGAACUAACAUUUCAAAAGAAAAACUACAAUGAGAAAUCUUCUGUGGAAACAGCCAGGCCUAGACCGUUUGAUAGGUGUACUAGUGGCUAGUAUCGCACUGUUUUUGGUUGAAAUCGUGAUGAGCCACAUCACCCAUUCCCUGACGCUACUCGUAGCCGCGUACCACAUGUUAUACAACAUUUUCUCGCUGAUUGGAUGCAUUGCUACUAUCAAGAUGUGCCAGCGUGGCUCCAGCGUAUCCAACACGUUCGGAUGGGCACGAUUGGAGGUUUUAUCGACGGUGGUCAACCUACUCUUUCUCAGCGCAUUGGAUUUCUCAUUGGUUGUGGAGGCUAUUCAAACUUUAAUACACUUGGAUCACAUGGAUUCAAUGCACCAACCUGAAAUCAUAUGUAUAGUAGCCGGCGUUGGAAUCCUUUUCAAUUGCAUUUGCAUUCUGCUAAUUGGAGGAUUUACACAUCAUCAAGGGAGUUUUCUAGCUCUGACGCCUGGAGGGGAUGUGUUUGUACAGCAUGGCGUUGCCACCGAAGACGCUGUCCGUAAAGGCCUGCGUCGUUUGGCUACAACAGACAGAAGCGAAUGUGCUGGUGGGACUCAAGACGAUAUCCAAGAAUCGGAAAUAGAUGUCAUGAUGCCCCAAAGAGAAGAAUUAGAUACGAGAACGAAAGGCGUCAUUGCGCGAGUAUCGCAAAGAUGGCCAACCAUGUACGCUGUUUUACGAGACAACGCCAGCACUGUCAUUGCUCUCGUCUCAGCUGUGGUUGUUUACAUGAAUGGCGAAAGUUUAACUUCUUUGUUAAUCGAUCCUAUUCUUACACUUGUUUCUGUCGCUAUUCUUGUUUUUACGUCAUACCCUUUCAUUAUACAAGCAGGCCAAAUUCUCCUGCAAACAACGCCAGCCCAUAUCGAUGUUGGCGAACUAAAAUCAAAGCUAAAGGAAACAUUUCCAUCCGUCGUAGGCAUUCACGAUUUGCACGUGUGGGCUCUGACUCCAGAUCGAGUCAUUUCUACUGCCCAUUUGGUCUUCACGAACGAAAACGUUUAUCUGAGAGUCAAGAAGCCUAUCAAUGAUUUUUUUCUUGGUCAAGGGAUUACCAGAGUAACAUUACAACCAGAAUUCAAUAAGUUCGGAAUCUUGACACCUGCUCAAAGUAAAAACUGCGUACUAACCUGCAAUAACGAAUUGUGUAAAUCAAGGACAUGUUGCAACUAUGAACGUGCAACCAGCGACGUUGUUCCUGUCGAAGACGUCGAAUCGCCAGCACAAACUCAGGACGUUGUUGGAAUGACCACUGAGACCCCCAGAGUGAUGAUCGUUGUAGACCAUUCCGAAGUUUCUCCACAGUGUAACAGCACAUCUUCCAUCGAGCAUCAAUGUCAAUUAAAUCACCAACCCAUCAGUCAUAUCACACAAGAUAGCUGCAGUACUGAAUGCGAGUCAAACUCGAAAUCGACCAAAAGGACGAGUAAGAUGGAAACAGCUGAUCAUCAAGCACAUGUGGUUUCAGAAAAAAAUUUGAAUUCACCUGAUUAAAACUUUGCUCAUGACUUUUCCUGUACAAUUCAUCACGAGAAUCAAAUAAA